GACAGGACCCAACUGACAUACUGCCAAGUUCCAGAGAGAAAUGGGGAAAAAAACAAGUAGGUAAUAAUGACGGCACGGACAAAAAAAUAUGUAAAACCAAGCGACGAUCUGAUCUGUGAACUGGCUAGCAUCCUCGGCCGGCAAUUCGAUUGCAUUCAUUGUCAUCCAUCGAAGAUCGAAGUGAGUUAUCCGAGGGGCAGCAUAGAUAGGGCUAAAACCCGGACGAAAACCAGGACACAGGAGGAUCGGGAUCGGAAAGAGGAACGGGAACGGGAACAUAAACAGGUAGCACCGCGAGGCGAAGAGGAGCGGAGCGGUGAGAGUUGGAAGCUGUUCUCGAGGAACUCUUCCCGGAGGCAGAAGAAAUGUUUUCGGCGGUGAAGCCGCUCUCCAAGUAUCUCCAGUUCAAGUCAAUACGCAUCUACGACUCCGUCUUCACCAUCCACUCCAGGUGCACCGUGGUCAUCCUGCUCACCUGCUCGCUUCUCCUGUCGGCGCGCCAGUACUUCGGGGAUCCAAUACAGUGCAUCAGCGAGGAGAAGAACAUCGAGUACAUACAGUCCUACUGCUGGACCAUGGGCACCUACAUCCUCAAGCAGGACACCUUCGGCGAUCAGGAGCAGGCGCUGGUUUCCCCAAGCCAGCAAGUCUCACCUAACUCUGCCUUCUUCUCAUCCGCCACAACCAACGCACCGCAGUCAUCCUCAAGAGUCCGCUCCAGACCCCACUUCACAUCGAGUCUGCGCAGGAUUGGCGAGUACAACGAGGCCUACGCGCGGUCCCUGUCGAUAGCCGAGGGCGUGGGCCCCGAGGUCCGCGGCCAGACGGAGCGGCAGUACCUGCGCUACUACCAGUGGGUCAUCAUCCUGCUGCUCUUCCAGUCGUUCAUCUUCUACUUCCCCUCAUGCCUGUGGAAGGUGUGGGAGGGCCGGCGGCUGAAGCAGCUCUGCUCGGAGGUCGGCGAGGCGCUCCUCUCGGAGGAGACCUACAACACCCGGCUGCGCAUGCUGGUCAAGUACUUCACCACCGACUACGAGGACAUGCACUUCUGUUACAUGGCCAAGUACGUCUUCUGCGAGGUCCUCAAUUUCCUCAUCAGUGUGGUGAACAUAAUCGUGCUGGAAGUGUUCCUGAACGGAUUCUGGUCGAAGUACCUGCGCGCGCUGGCCACCAUUCCGUUCUACGACUGGGAUCGCUGGAACCGCGUGUCCUCGAGCGUCUUUCCCAAGAUCGCCAAGUGCGAGGUGCUCAAGUUCGGCGGGAGCGGCACGGCGAACGUGAUGGACAACCUGUGCAUCCUGCCGCUGAACAUCCUGAACGAGAAGAUCUUCGUCUUCCUGUGGGCGUGGUUCCUGCUCAUGGCCCUGAUGUCCGGCUUGAACCUUCUGUGCCGGCUGGCCAUGAUCUGCAGCAGGUACCUCCGAGAGCAGAUGAUACGCAGCCAGCUGCGUUUCAUGACCAAGCGGCAUGUGAAGCGUGCCCUGCGUGACCUGACCAUCGGCGACUGGUUCCUGAUGAUGAAGGUCAGCGUCAACGUGAAUCCCAUGCUCUUCCGGGACCUGAUGCAGGAACUUUGCGAGCUGCGCACCUCCGAAUCGGGCAGCACCCUGGAGAGUCCCGUCUAGGAUAGCUAGUGACCAGGACCACGGAUAGGAUUAGGAUCCCCAGUUCGCCUCGUCCUCCGACUGCCCACUACCAAUUGACGUUGCCGUCGUUCGUUAAUUCGUGCCCUUAUCACAUGCCUAAAUCUGUAUAUUACAUAUAAUUCCUCUCAAUUCCUUUAAAAAUUCUGUACUUCUAUGUUUUAAGACAAUAAGCGAGUAAAAAUCUAUUUUAAGUCACGCUAUUUUGUAAAAUAUU